GCGGAUUUCUGGAGAUCAUGUGAAACGCCGGUUCAUAAUGUAACACUAGAAGGUGUAGGCUAUGUUAUAUUAGCAAAAUAAAUACAUUCUUAUAAAGUAACACUGAUUUAACUUUUGAACAACACUAAAAUCUGUUGUAUGUAUACAUAUAAGUAGCGCCCUGUGUGGUUAUUAGGUAUUAAUUGAUAGGAUAUUGAUUUGGAGUGUAUAAGCACAGCUCCCUGUAGGCAAGGCUCAUCAUUAAAAUGAUGCAAGCUGACGCUGGAGAGAAACCGGUUUUACAGCUAAUGUACGUAUUUUAGCCAUCUUUCAACUCAUAUAUAAGAAUUAGUGACACCAACUGAAAGAGAGAGAGAGAGGGAGAGGAAAAAAAACACUGUGCAUUGGUGGCUGGGUGAAGAAUGACGGAAUAUAAACUGGUGGUGGUCGGAGCUGGAGGUGUCGGAAAAAGUGCACUCACCAUCCAACUCAUCCAGAACCAUUUUGUAGAUGAAUAUGACCCUACUAUAGAGGACUCGUACAGAAAGCAGGUGGUGAUUGAUGGGGAGACAUGUCUGUUGGACAUCCUGGACACUGCCGGUCAGGAGGAGUACAGCGCCAUGAGAGAUCAGUACAUGAGGACAGGAGAAGGUUUCCUCUGUGUCUUUGCCAUUAAUAACACCAAGUCUUUUGAGGACAUUCAUCACUACAGAGAGCAGAUUAAGAGAGUCAAAGACUCUGAGGAUGUCCCCAUGGUGCUGGUGGGAAAUAAAUGUGACCUGCCUUCCCGCACAGUGGAUACCAAGCAGGCUCAGGAUUUAGCACGUAGCUAUGGAAUUCCUUUCAUCGAGACCUCAGCAAAAACGAGACAGAGAGUGGAAGAUGCCUUUUACACUCUGGUCCGGGAGAUCAGGCAAUACCGCCUGAAAAAACUCAGCAAAGAAGAAAAGACGCCAAGCUGCAUCAAGCUUAAAAAAUGUGUUGUGAUGUGAGAGGGGGGGUUGAUGAUGCCUUUUAUACUUUAGUCCGGGAAAUCCGAAAGCACAAGGAGAAGAUGAGCAAGGAGGGCAAGAAGAAAAAGAAGAAGUCCAAGACAAAGUGUAUACUAAUGUGAAUAAUGCCUCCGUUUCAGUAUCGACUUUGAACAGCUGAAAUGUUAAAGAACUGCAUUUUGUACAUUACACUAAAUUAUUAGCCUUUUCAGAGUACAGAAUGGAUCCCUAUUUUCCUUCAUUUGCUACCUUACAAACAAUUAAGCUCUUCCUUGUCUAGUGCCAGAAGCCCCAAUGUGUUGGUCCUGAAUUACAUUACAAUGUGGAGUUAUAGCCAACAAAUCGUAUUGCCAUUCGGUUUAUUAUUCUUUGGGUAUUUUCCCCAAUAUUCACCUAGAGCUUGUCAUUUAGCAGAUGGACAGAGAAUAGCGGUAACUAGCAUGCUGUGCUUCAGAAUAAUAAGGAUUACUUUUUUUAAUAAUUAAAGUUAAGACUAGAUCUGUGGAGUGUUUUGUGCAGUAUAAAUAAAAGGACAUCCAGUUGAAUAUUUCAGUUUGCCACACAUAUUACUAAUAGCACAGUGAACUUUGCAUAUGAGUAAGUUCCUGUUCCAUAUUCAAUUUUAUUCUUAUAAUAUUGUACAGAAUUGACCCCAUAAUUCUUAAAUACAAUUUGGUUAUAUGAUGUAAUGAGCAGUAUAUAUCCUUAUAUAGUAUCGUUAUGUAGGGCCAACACUAUUUGGGGGUAAUAUUUUGAUAUCUCCACCACUGUAUAACAGAUGGUUUACCUGUCUGAGAUGUCAGAUUUAUAUUAACCUGCAUGUGAGCAUCCAUUGUAAGUCUUUGAUCGUGUGUGUGUGGAUGGUAAGCUCCUAACCCUGAUCAGUAUUUUCAUUUGCAUGCUGUUUUUUGUGUAAUUUCCUGAGAAAGACUAGGAAAUGUUAAAAUACUGCUUUAAAACGGACCCUGUUUUCCGGCUAAGAGAUUCUUACCCAUUUGAGUGGUUUUUCCCUCCUUUUACAGUGUUCUGUUUAAUUGAAUGAUUGUCAUGAUUGAAUUAGCUUAGAGAUUAAUGAUAGUAGCUGGAAUUACAGACUAGAAGCAAAAAUGUGUAGAUGGUGGCUUUCCCAGUUUUCAUAUUAUGGUUUGUGGUUAUUGUAAGAACUUGUGAUGUUUGAACAUCCAGAGGAUGAUUUUUAAGUAUAAUAUGUUCAGCAGUACAUGAUUUCUCUUGUUGUACUCAGCCAAAUGCAUUUUUAUGACGAUGUAACCAACCACUAUGAUAAUUUAAUAAUGCUGAAUAUAAUCUAUCUACUGAUCAGAAAAAACAAGGCCAACAAAUGAUUCGUGUCUCAGAUAGUCGUAUACAUGGUUUUGCAGGGAGACACAACUGACAACUCUCACUGCUUCCUUCUCGUAUCUGCUACGUGGCUGUAGCAUUGUGAGCAGAGCUAUGAACGAAUCGAAUAUUUCUAAACAUCUGCCUUUUGUUGCAAACAAAGGCAAAUGCUGACAAUAGCAAUUUUGAUUGAGAGAGCUGUUAAAAACAAAGUUGCCUUUUUGUAUUAAUUUUUAUUUGUCCCUUGUAUCACAGAUCCUUAAUCAGUGCAUUUUCAUUUAUUUCAUCUUUUUCAUAAAUUAAAUGGCCUGAUGUAUUGUUAAUGCUGCAUCUUUGAGGAGGCGCAAACACAAAGUAAAUAAGCAAAAUCAGGAUAAUGUUUAUUAUGCAAUGUUAAUCCAGGUAAAAGCUUUUUAAAGCUGUUCUGUUACCUCUGCCCCAUGAAGGUAUAUUAACUUGAUUUCAUGUUGUAUUCAAAUUAAGUCAUUUUGUUGUCCCCCCCCUCCCCCAUCUCACUCAUAUCGUAUCUUUCUCUUCUGUUUGUGGUGUGCCAAUGGAGAAAGUUCUUAAAAUACUUAUGUAUACCUGGAGUGUAUUUUAACAACCUUUGUACAGUUGUGAUACAGAAAGAUGCAUAUUUUGUAAAUUGUGCUUUAGGUGUUUUUUUUUUGUUUUUUGUUUUUUUUAAUAAAUGUCACUUUAAUAGAGCUGAA